AUGCCACCCUCCAAUCGCAAGAAGCGCUCGAUCCCAGCAACUAAACGCCUCCAAGUAACAGAUGACGACGGCUGGACUCACGUCACCAGCGGCAGCAAUGUAAGGCGUGUAUUGCGUAAAGCGCAAACACAGCCCGGCACGCAUCUAGAUUUAAAUCUGGAGCCUGUUCUAGGUCCCUCCGAGGCACCAGGCCAUCUUACACUUUCUGAACUGCAGAAGCAAUACGAGAUACAUCGGGCGCGGUGGGUGGAAUCGGAGACUUGGGGCACUUUGGCGGCAAGUCUUGAUGAGCGGAUGCGGGACUUGAAAGAGCUCGGGGCUGGACUUGAUGCUAUUGUUUGCAUUGGACUUGGAAGCCCUAGUGGGUUCCUUCGAGAUGGAUGGGUUGAUCGACGGAGUAUUGUUAUGUAUCAGCUUGCGGCGUUGGAGUCUAUCACGCAAAGACUUUCCCGUCUCGAGACAAAUAUCCCUUCUUUCCCAAUCUAUGCCCAAGACCCAGUCUUCAAUACUCUUGACAGAGCACUUCUCGAUUCCAUCGGAGUGACAGUUCUCGAUUCUCCAGCUGGAUUCGAGCGCAUUACUUCAAACUCACUACUCUUCUGUCCCGGCGCAGAGAGGAAGCACCUUGAGCUUGUUCUCCCGUCAAAUCCACGAUUUGUUUUCGGUGGGCCCUUGGAAAAUACUGCGUCGGAGGUAAUCCAGGGAUUUGUGGAGAAGAUGGGGUCGCGCUUAGUAGUGCCUUUUAUGGCGAAUGAGCAUGCGUUUUGGAAAACAAGGCUUUAUUUUCGGGUUCUUGAAGAGCUGGAAUCGUGA